UUCACGUAAACAGAGCGCUUCCUCUUCCCGUGCUGGUGCCCGCCACACAAGAACGAUAGAAAAUGGCGAGUCAGUGUAAAAGGCAGCAAUGCACAAUCGACAGGCGCGGCUUUCGGCAGGAACUUGACUCGUGGAGGCACAAACUUAUUCACUGUGUAGGUUUUGAGAGCAUUCUUGAAGGCUUAUUUGGUACAGAGCUGGUAGAAGAGGUAAAAGUUUUAAACGCCCUUGAACCUACAGCAGUGCCUGACUGGUCAUUUGAUCAAAGUUGUGUAUUCUGCUGUUUGAGAAGAGACAAAGUAAAGGAACACUUAAUUGGAUUAAACAACGAGGGCUUUGAAGAUAUACCCAAACCUCUACUGGUUAAAGAUCUGCCCACAAUCAGCAGACUAGAGAAACAAGCGGAGGAAUUUCUUAGUGCAGUCCUCAACAGAAAAGAUGUGCCAAAUUUUUUGGACCCACACAUUCCAGUAGUGGCUCGAGACAUCCUUCAGAGAAUGAUCCGACAGUUUGCUGCCGAAUAUACCUCAAAAACCAGCUCCCCUCAGGACAGUCGCUCAGAUUCCCAGCCUCCCUCUGACCAAAGCCCGGCUUCCCCACCCUUGUUCCCGGGGGCUCCUCCUCCUUCUUCUAUCAGCCCUGCUGCUACCCUGGCUGGACUUGCACACAACCAGAACCCUGUCCUCAGCAAGCUCCUCAUGGCUGACCAGGAUGCUCCUCUUGACCUCACCAUCAAGAAGCCCCUGGCUGAGCCCAGUGAACAAGAUGGAGUCCUUGACUUAUCUAUUAAAAAGAAUCGCUAUAGUAGCAGCUUGCCUGUCCGUAGUCCCUGUUCUUCUCCAGCCACAUCUACACUCAAGGGGCGAUCCUUGAGAGCGGACGGACAAGUCGGGCUGUUAAUGAGGAGCCUACAGGAUGGGAGGAGGAGGGAGAAUAUCGGCCACUCCAUCCAUUGUAAACCUUCCUCAUCUGUUGCAUACUCUCUACACAUCAAAGAGGAGGCCGAACUGGAGAGCGAUCCAGAGCCACCUCUGCGCCAUAACCACAGCUUCAGACCCACUGACCUUUUUAAAAAUGGAUCCGUUUCCUGGCAUUCCAAAACUCAUUUUGGGGCCCUCCUUAAACUCAAAACUGACAGUGAGGCUAGUGAGCACCUUAAAGACAUACCCAGGUUAUUGGAAGCCACUGGACUUUUGACAAAGUCACUUGCUUGUGAGAAAGGAAACCUCCAGGAGGCCUGCAGGGACCACAGCCUCUCCCUUUCUCAUUCAUCAUCUUUUGACCUCAAGAUUCCACAGGUGCGAGUUAUGGGCACAGGAACAGAUCCAACUUGGGAUUCCUUGUCCACUGAAUAUUCAGGUUCACUUUGUGAGAACAGCCUGGGAAAGAAGCUUCGUUCUGUUCUACCUAAACAAAUCCAAAAAAAGUGCAGUGGAGGUUUUAAUAGCCCACGUUCAGAGAAGGAAUACUGGCCUUAUGACACCGACCGCCAAGCCUUGGGAGGGAGCUGUCCUCUGGAUUCAGAGUCAGACCUGGGUAAUAAGCAGCCAAGGAAAAAACGUGGACGAUAUCGACAGUACAACACUGCGCUGCUGGAAGAAGCUAUUGUGGUGGUUAUGGGUGGGAAAAUGAGUGUGUCUAAAGCCCAGUCAAUCUAUGGCAUUCCACACAGCACCCUGGAGUACAAAGUUAAAGAGCGACUGGGAACCUUGAAACAUCCCCCCAAAAAGAAAUUGAAGCUGAUAAGCCAAGUAGAACAGGGUGUUUCGCAGUCCCCUGAGAGGAAAGAUCUGCAAAACCUCCAGCACAUUGUUUCUGAGAAAAGAGAGAGCACAUCUGAAGGGAAUGCGAAUGAUUUCCCUGAUAGAAGCCGCCCAUCAAAUGAGUGAUAUCUAUGAAUAGUGAUGUAAUUUUUAGCCAGAUAAAUGUUGCAUUUGCCAGACAGUGACAGUAGCUGACAUGUUUUCCAUGAAUUCUUAAUAGUUGUGUGUAACAUUGAAAUUUCUAUUUGUCUUUCAUACAUUUACCAUUAGCAUUAAUAAUAACUGUGUGCAGCCUUCUAUAUUGAACACUCCCAUUGUCUCUCUGCCCCACAUAUUGUGUUCAUUAAGAAUUUCAACUGAAUGUCCGUUUAUUGUUUAGGUCAUGCUUCCAUCAUUCCUGGCUCUCCAUGUGUAUGUACUCUUUAUAUGUAGAACCCUACUGCAUGUUUUAGGCAGUGGCGCCCCUCAGUGUUUUCUUUCAGUACUGUUCAUAGCAUAGCAUAUACAGUUAAUUCUAAUUACUUGUAUAAGACCUGCAAGUAUACAUGAGGGCAUCUUACUAGGCAUCAGUUAUUGUAAAGUGUUUAUGGAUGACAAUGGAAGUUGCUGUCACUGUUUUGCAUAAGCAUGUCAAUGAUUGAAAUGCACACUGGAGAUAUAAUAGAUAAAAUAUCUAUCGAUUCUAAACACUGUUAUCCAAAAAUGUAUUUAUAUGCUAGUUUGUUGGAAUAUUUUCCAGCAUUUCACUUUCCCCUUUAAAUCCAAAUUAAGAUCAUCUUCACAAGCAGUGGGUUUUUUUUUUUCUUUCAUUGCUUUCACUUUACUCAGGAUGAGUUCAGAUUGGGUUGCUGUACUUGUCAAAGAAAUUUGUCUUUAUCAUAUCAUGAUUAAUACAUAUAAAUAUGCCUCAUCCUGCAGAUAUGCUUCACUAAAUUGCCUCAUAGACUAGAAGUCGACUCCAACAGGGAAGGAUAGUGUAGCCUGUUAACCAUUCGAGGUAGCAUUUCAUAUCUUACUAUAUCACUC